AGGAAAUAUGAUGGUGGGAAGGCGAGAGUAAUCGUCUCCACAACUGGCUGUCAUCGUUCAUUUGCCGCACCUUAUUUCAACAUGUCUCUCGAGGAAUUACAGUUGAAAAUUAAGGCGUUAGAGGAGGAACUGAGGCAAGCGAAGCAUGGCGGCGCUGCUCCACGGCAGAAGAUCACCCACAUGUCAGGUGAAGUGGUGGACACUAACCCAUACAGUCGAUUGAUGGCAUUGAAGCGUAUGGGAAUUGUAGAGGAUUAUGAAAAGAUCAGAACUCACACUGUGGCGGUAGUGGGUGUUGGUGGUGUUGGAAGUGUGACGGCAGAAAUGCUCACAAGAUGUGGCAUUGGGAAGCUCUUGCUGUUUGACUAUGACAAAGUGGAAUUGGCGAAUAUGAACCGCCUGUUUUUCCAGCCACAUCAAGCUGGACUGAGUAAAGUGGAGGCAGCAGCUAAUACUCUUCACUUCAUUAACCCGGAUGUGACCUUUGAAUCUCAUAACUAUAACAUCACAACUGUUGAUAAUUUUGAUCACUUCAUAGAUAGAAUAAAGUGUGGCAGUCUAACAGGAGGUCCAGUCGAUCUUGUUUUAAGUUGCGUUGAUAAUUAUGAGGCUCGUAUGGCUGUUAACCGUGCCUGCAACGAGCUGGGACAGUCAUGGUUCGAGUCUGGGGUAGCCGAAAAUGCUGUUUCCGGACACAUACAAUUCCUUAUUCCAGGAGAGAGUGCAUGUUUUGAUUGUGCACCACCUCUGGUUGUUGCCAGUCAAAUUGAUGAACGCACCCUGAAGCGGGAAGGUGUAUGCGCUGCUUCCUUGCCUACCACCAUGGGUAUUGUUGCUGGCUUGUUGGUACAGAAUGUACUUAAGUUCCUUCUUAAUUUUGGUGAAGUGUCUUACUACUUGGGUUACAAUGCACUGCUGGACUUCUUCCCAGCCAUGUCUGUCAAGCCGAACCCCCAGUGUGAAGACUCAUGGUGUCGGAGAAGGCAAGCAGAAUAUGCAGCAAAGAAAGCUUCUGAGCCUAAGAUAGAAAAGCAGGAAGUGAAAGAAGAAGAGGUAGUCCAUGAAGAUAAUGAAUGGGGCAUUUGUUUGGUUGACGAGGCAACUCCAGAGGAAGCCAGCAGCUCAGCUUGUGCAUCAGUACCGAGUCUUGUUCAGGGCAUCACUGUGGCAUAUGAGAGACCUGCCCCAGUUGAUGAAGCUACAAGCAAAGUAGUGGAUGAUGCUGAUGAUACAAGUCUAGAUGAUCUUAUGGCACAAAUGAAAGCUCUUUAAAUGUGUUGAUAAAUAGUCAAGCAUCAUGACUUGAGGUUGUAAAUUUAAAAUUUCUUACUAAACAGUGGCUUUAAGCAUUUUUUUUUUUUUUACCUUUCUCAUAGUGUAUUACAGAGCAGUGGCACUUGAGUAAUUUUCUAGGUCAAAGUUCUUGUCAGAUCUCAAGGGCAUCCUGUAUCUGAGAGAAUGAUUUCUAUUAUUUUAUUAUAUAAGAUAAAUAAGAAUUGUGUACAGGGCCAAUAUACAAUACAUUAAAACAUUCAAUCUGUGAAAAGUUUUAUAGGUGCUUUUUGGUAAAAUAUAAUUAUGUGCUUAAGGGCUCUUUGAUUUUAAAAUAAGAGUUAUGUUUACAGAGUAAAUUAUUAUUCAUUAGUUUAUGGGUGUACUAAGGAUGCCUCUGAAUGUUAAUUUAUUGUGUACUCAGCAGCUGUGGAUAUCAUACCAUUCCGGUUUUUUAAAUUAUUUCAGGGAUUUUUUAAGAAACUAUCUUUGGACUACAGUACUAUUGCUUGCUGUGAUAGCAUUCACUUCUCUUCCUAACUCAACCUAAGUACUUGAACUGCUUUCUUUAUAUUAUGUAUUCAGAUAUAUAUACAGUGCUGUGCUUAAAAAAUUAAUAAUUUAGCCUAUUGACCUAUUGGCUGAAAAGGAUAAUUUUUUAUGAUUUUGUAUUAAAAAUUAUAUUUGUUA